AUGAAGCUCACUUUAUCUUUCGUUUGUGUUGCCAUGGCUUUGCUGCAGAUGACGGCGGCAUCUCCGGUCGUCAAAGAUGUCGAGAAACGCGCGCAAAACGCAUUCACAGAUCUUGUUGCUAAGGACCCCUCUGAUGUCGAGGAACGCGCGCAAAAGAAGUUCGCGUAUCUUGUUGCUGAGGACCCCUCUGAUGUCGAGAAACGCGCGCAAAAGGCAUUCGCAGACAUUGUUGCGGAGGAAUCCCGUGAUGCUGAGCCCGCCAAGUACGGUCCCUCCAAGGAGGAAUCCCGUGAGGUUGAGCCCGCCAAGAACGGUCCCCCCAAGAAGGAAUCCCGUGAUGCUGAGCCCGCCAAGUACGGUCCCCCCAAGAAGGAAUCCCGUGAGGUUGAGCCCGCCAAGAAUGGUCCCCCCAAGAAGGAAUCCCGUGAUGCUGAGCCCGCCAAGUACGGUCCCCCAAGAAGGAAUCCCGAAUCCCGUGAUGCUGAGCCCGCCAAGUACGGUCCCCCCAAGAAGGAAUCCCGUGAGGUUGAGCCCGCCAAGAACAGUCCCCCCAAGGAGGAAUCCCGUGAGGUUGAGCCCGCCAAGAACGGUCCUCCCAAGAAGGAAUCUCGUGAGGUUCAGCCCGCCAAGAACGGUCCCCCCAAGGAGGAAUCCCGUGAGGUUCAGCCCGCCAAGAAUGGUCCUCCCAAGAAGGAAUCUCGUGAGGUUGAGCCCGCCAAGAACGGUCCCCCCAAGGAGGAAUCCCGUGAGGUUCAGCCCGCCAAGAACGGUCCUCCCAAGAAGGAAUCCCGUGAGGUUGAGCCCGCCAAGAACGGGCCCCCCAAGGAGGAAUCCCGUGAGGUUCAGCCCGCCAAGAAUGGUCCUCCCAAGAAGGAAUCCCGUGAGGUUGAGCCUGCCAAGAACGGGCCCCCCAAGGAGGAAUCCCGUGAGGUUCAGCCCGCCAAGAACGGUCCCCCCAAGGAGGAAUCCCGUGAGGUUCAGCCCGCCAAGAACGGUCCCCCCAAGGAGGAAUCCCGUGAGGUUCAGCCUGCCAAGAACGGGCCCCCCAAGGAGGCUCUCUAA